AUGGGUGAGGAUGUGGAUACAUUUGGUAUAGAUAUGUUAUACAGUGGGUACAGAUAUGUGGGUGAGGAUGUUGAUGUGGCAGAUGUUGAUAUGUGGGCCUACAAUGUUCACAUCAAUGGCGUAUUUCAUUGCACUGUUCGGUACCGACAGCUGCACAGUUUACAUGAACAGCUGAAGAGAGAUUUAGGGGGCUCCACUCUGCCUUCGUUUCCACCAAAGAAGUUGCUUCCACUGUCGCCAACACAGACUGAAGAACGAAGAAUUGCUUUGGAAAAAUAUAUACUUCAGUUGAGUCAAGAUCCAAGAGUUUUGAAUAAUGAUGUCUUCAAUGGGUUUCUUGUUUCUGCUCAAAAUGAAACUCAGAGAGCAGGAGGGGGCCAAGAUGAAGUUCAGAUUGAUAUUUACAUGAUGAGUGGACAAAAGGUCACACUCAGCAUCCCAGCCACCUUACAAACUGAUGAUCUUCUUGAGAAAUUAUGCACCCAGAUUCAUCUUCCUAAUGAAUUGGUCUACUACUUUGCCCUUUUCCUCGUGAAAAAAGAAGAAAAUGAUCUAAUUGUUGUGAAGCGAUUGCAGGACUUUGAAAGCCCUUAUAUCUCUCAGAGAUGCAUGAAAGGACUACACAGAAUAGUUUUAAGGAAAAACUAUUGGGACCCCAGCAUAGACCAGCUGAUAAUGAAUGAUCGAGUUGGUUUAAACUUGCUAUAUGCUCAAACAGUACAAGAUGUCGAAAGAGGGUGGGUUCUAACAAAUCGUGAGAUCCAGAGACAGUUAGCAGCACUCCAGGCUAAAGGAGCCAAGAAAGAGUACUUGGAUUUGGCAAGAACUCUCAAAUAUUAUGGGUAUUUGCAGUUUCAGCAAUGUGUCUGUGACUUUCCUAAGCCAAAUACACCUGUUCUAAUAAGUGCUGGUAACAAAGAGCUUAAUUUCAGAAUUGAAUGUGAUGAUGGAUCUGUUAAAGAAGGAAAUUUUAAGGUAACACGUAUGAGAUGUUGGAGAAUAACAGUACAGCAGCCAGUGGAAGGCUAUAGUACGAGUAGUAACAGUAGCAAUAGCAGCAGCAGUCGCAGCAGCAGUAGCAUCGGUAGUUACAGUAACCUCAGCAGUAGUGGGAGAAGUAAUAGCAGCAGUCAUGAAGCAACACACCGUGUUAAUUUAGAGCUCUCUUUUGAAUAUUUGAUGAGUAGAGAUGAAAUGAAAUGGAUUACUGUCAUCAGUCCGCAGACUGUUCUCAUGUCUAUGUGUCUACAAGGAAUGGUUCAGGAACUUCUUUCACAUAAAAGAGGGCACCGUAUGAAAAGGCCAAGUGAUCGUGUUCGGAAGGGAAGUCUGUCAUAUAUGAGACGAGAUGGUAGCAGUAUGCAAGUCACUUUGAAUCAUACUGGUGAAAGUUUGCCAACUGAUGGAUCCUCUCAGUCUCCCAUAGGUCUUUUGUCGCUGCGACGCCUGAGUGAACGCCUGAGUGAUUGCAACAUCCUUGAUAACCGUCCAUCCACAGCUGCCAAUACUAAUGGUAAAACCGAGCCAAGUACUGUGGAAAAUGAUGCCUUUGAUAUGAUGGGAGAAGACAAUUCAGAAUGCCAAUUGGAGUACAGAAAUGGUGUCUUGCAAGUGAGAGACUGCUAGAACUUCAUAAAGGUAAGGAGUUGUAACAUAUGCAGUAUGUAAAUGAAUCGCCAAAUGACGAGAACCUUUGUAUCAAGAGUUUGUAUAAAUUUAAGAUGAAACACAAAAAAUGGACAUGUAGAGUAUCUACAGACUUUAUUUGAUUAAGGGUCAACAAAGUGGUUAUAUUUUGCAUAGCCUUGUAGCAAUAGGGAUGGUGUUGAUUUAUGAGAUGAUUUUCUUAAUUCCUUUAUGUCUAUCUUUCUGAGGCAAAUAAUUGCAAAUGACAAAAAUAUAAUUGCUCCUUGGGUAACAGAACACACUAAGCCAUUUUUGAGACACAUGCAAUAUGUAUCACUAAUACUUAAUAUUGUCUUACAUCAAGCCAAGAUUCUAGGACUACUCAUUGCAGAUGAAAAAGUAGGAUGGGAUUCAAAUAUUUGGAAUGGAAUCUUUAUGUACAAUUUGCCUUGCUAUGUGUAAUUCUUAUUAUGACUGAAGGAAAAAUUGGUGUAAAUAAGGAUGAGUAUCUUAGUUGAAAUAGAACAAAUUCUUGUAUGUAUUAAAAAUCGUGAAAAGGAUUUAUGUGUGUGUGUGUUUUUUUUUUAAGGGAAGGAGCUUUUAUCUAAGUGAUUAACAUGUAUGGGGAAAUGUAGGGAAAUUUUCUUAUAAAUAAUUUCUAUUUCAAGUGCUAUAGUCAUUCCUAUGACGACUGACACAAUCACAUCCAUCCAUCCACAAUCAGAGCACUGUAUGUAUUGAUUGUGUAUAUUCUGACAUACAUCAAUGGUAAAACUAUUAUUUAUAUGUGCAUAAUUGCAUUUUUAUUACACAGAAAUGGAAGAUAGUGGACAAUUAACCCUUUAACGCCGAUUGGACGUAUUAAACGUCAAUAUGAAUUGUCUGUUGGGUGCCAAUUGGACGUAUGGUACAUCGAUAUAAAAAUGUUUUUUUUUAAAUUUGCGGAAAAAUAGUGAUAGGCCUACUAGGCAAAAACUUUUGAAUCACGCGCCUUGGGGGAUGCUGGGAGCUCACGGAUCAAGGCGUUGUUUUGUUUACAAUCGUUACCCAGGCGUGCAAGCGCGAAUUUCUUUCUUCUCACACUAAAAAGUAUCAGCGACACAUUUCAGAAAUUAUUUCGUCACAUUGACAUAAAUUUUGCACCAUUUUAUAUUAGCCAUUACAUGGAGUAUUAUAUAUGAAAAUUUGCACAAUUUCAUGUAGAAUACAACUAAAAACAACUCAUGGUUGUAGCUUUUAUCAGUUUUGAAAUAUUUUCAUAUAAAUAAUGAUAAGUGCUAAAAUUUCAACCUUCGGUCAAUUUUGACUCUACCGAAAUGGUCGAAAAACGCAAUUGUAAGCUAAAACUCUUAUAUUCUAGUAAUAUUCAAUCAUUUACCUUCAUUUAGCAACAAAUUGGAAGUCUCUAGCACAAUAUUUUGAUUUAUGGUGAAUUUAUGAAAAAUCUUUUUCCUUACAUCCACGCAGUAACUCUUCCGAAAAAAUCAUAAAUUUUUUUGUCCGAUUGUCGUAGUGUUUGCACCAUUUUAAAUUAGCCGUUACAUUAAGUUUUAUAUAUGGAAAUGUGUGCAAUUUCAUGUAUAAUACUACCAAAAACAACCCAUGGUUAUAGCUCAUAUCAGUUUUGAAAUAUUUUCAUAUAAAUAAUAAGUGCCAAAAUAUAAACCUUCGAUCAACUUUCACUCGACCAAAAUGGUCAAAAAACGCAAUUGUAAGCUAAAACUCUUACAUUCUAAUAAUAUUCAAUCAUUUACCUUUAUUUUAGCAACAAAUUUGAAGUCUCUAGCACAAUAUUUCGAUUUAUGGUGAAUUUAUGAAAAAAAACAUUUUCCUUACGUCCACGCGGUAACUCUUCCGAAAAAAUCAGACAUUUUUUGUCCGAUUGUCGUAAUGUUUGCACCAUUUUAAAUUAGCUGUUACAUAAAGUUUUACAUAUGAAAAUGUGCGCAAUUUAAUGUAGAAUACAACAAUAAACAACCUAUGGUUGUAGCUUUUAUCAGUUUUGAAAUAUUUUCAUAUAAAUAACAAUAAAUAGAAAAAAUUUGACCUUCGGUCAACUUUAACUUGACUGAAAUGGUCGAAAACUGCAAUUUUAAGCUACAAAACUUACAGUCUAGUAAUAUUCAAUCAAUUACCUUCAUUUUGCAACAAACGGGAAGUCUCCAGCACAAUAUUCCGAUUUAUGGUGAAUUUUCUAAAAGUUGUUUUUUUACGUCCACACGUUACAAAUUCAUGCAUCAUUUUGUGAUAAUAUUUUCUGUGUUGCCUUGAUCAAUGUGUUACAAUGUGUUAUAUACCAAAAUGAUUGCACUUUAGUGUAUAAUACAACGAAAAAAAUUAACUCGUUAGAUUUAACCGUUUUGCUCACAGUGCGAUUUGUAUACAAUUAUAUAUGAAAUUUUUUUUUCGUGCUGUCAUAUAUCCCAAUAUUUAUAUAUGAUAAUAAUAUUUUUUUCAUUUCUGAUGGUUGCAUACUAAACUUCAGGCAAUGACAAAAAAAGGAGCCAAAAAUGAACUCUUAAUCUUGAAAACUAAGCGUGCUGUGAUUUAAAAAAAAAAACUUUUUUCCGCUUCGGCGCUCACUCAUGAACGCCGCCAGCAUACGGGAGACGAUUUUUAAAAUACUGCUUUGGCGUUUAAGGGUUAAUCUAGCUUUAGAAUAUAUAAAUUAUAGUUUUAUUUUUAUUUUAUGAAUGCAUGCCUUUUCAUUAUAGAAGAAAAAGAUCAUGAAAAUUGAAAGAAAAUAAAAAUAAAAAAUUCAAAGGAAAGUAAAAGCUUAGGUCGAGAAUAGAAGGUAUAAUAUGAAAUCAGCAGAAAAUGAUGGGAACAGCUUAAUGCAGUUUAAUUAAUGACUACCAAGAAUAAUAUACCAAUAAAAUUAAGUAAAAUAUAAGUAAUAAAACUUGUAAGUAUGGUCAGAGUGAAAAGUUCAAAAAGUAGAAAAAUUAGAUACAUAAAGCAAGGCAAAAGCAAACACAGAAAAGCAUUCAAUAAAAUUUUACCUUGAAUUAAAUGAAAAUUUUACUUGAGUCCUAGAAUACUGGUUCUCUUUUAUGAGGUGUCAAUCAGUUUAUGGAAGGAAACAAUUGUGUAUUGAUUCCUUUCACUAAACUGUUUACUUGAAUAGAUAGUAUUCUUGAUCUAACAAGUGAUGGGGUAGACCAGACAGCUUUGUAGUAUAUUAUGAUUAUUUUAUCUAGACCAACAAGUCAAAAAGUUUACAACUCCCAUAGGGCUGGCCCAAAGGGUUUGUUCUUAGGAACAAAGAUUAGAUCUUAUUUAGUAGUUACUAGAUUGCAUGAACCUCAUGGGCAUCCUGAAUUAUGACUGAUACUACUUCUAGCAGAAGGUUGUCAUAUCCAGCUUAAGUUGACCUUCAUCCUUUCUUAGCCUGUGGCUUGAAGAGUUCAGAUGUUAGUGAUCUUAUAUUAAAGAACAAAAUAACCAGCUGUGCUGGAGAAACGUAGCAUGAAUAUUCAGCUAGAAAUGUAAGCCAUGAUUAAUCAAGAAGUAAGCAUAAGCAAUGUGAAUUUCUUGUUAAAGGAAAGUCUUUUGUUGACCAAAGUAAGAACAUUUUUUUAUGAGUACAUCUCAAAAUGAUGUAGUUUUCUUAUUGUACAUUAAUGAGAUAUUACUUGAAAUUUUGACAGCACACAAGUAUGAAUGUAGUAUUCAUGAGGGAAAAGUCAGUAAGAGAUCUAAGCUGAAGGGAUGGGAAAGUGAGUGCAUACAGGAGAAAGGGUACAAGCCAUUUUAGGGUAUGAAGGUCAUGGGUUAUUUACUAGAGGGGGCAUCAGUUACAAUUCAUUUUUCCUAUGAGGUACUGACCAAGUAGAGGUCCUGGGCAGGUGAUCCAAGUCCAUCAUUGUCAGGUCUUUAGUAAUACGUAUCUAACAUUAUAAAUAUCCUGAAAAGUAGGUGGCGGCGUGUACUGGUUCCCCCAUGAUGGUAGUGCCAAAAUUAUGAUUUUAUUAUUUAUUAACUUUAAUAUUACUUUUAAUAUUCCUGACUAAUUUCAGGAUUAAUGUUGGAUAAUUUCACAUAUUCAUCCUCAUGUAUAUUCACUAUAUUUAUUAAUUUACGUUAACUACACAAUAUUAUCAGUAUGUAAUCUUAAACUUCAUUAUUCCACUAACACUAACAUCCACUUAGACUAAUCCAUAGUUUAUUAAAUGUUAAUAGUAUGCCUAAUUUCAAGUAUGUUGAAUCUCGCAUAUAGGUAAGCAUUUUUAAUGGGGGACGGAUUCAUUUUUAACUACGUCAAAGUUCAAGUUGCACAAGAGACUUACUAUAUAACUUUUGUAACCUUUGGAGUUUCUUGAAGUCCUUUUCUAGCCUCAUGAUAAAGAAUAUUGCUACAAUCAUAUUUCAUUACCAAAGAAAACUUAAGUGUAUUGCAAGAUUCAUAUGGAAAAAUAUUUUUUAAAAUUCCAUGUGUCUAACAGUGAAACCCAUCUCUUGUAUGGUAGUCAUUCAGAGGCUUCUGUCUAUUCCUUCCAUAUGGAAAUCUUAAUAUACCAAUAUUGUGGAUGACAUGUAAUAAUAAUGAUGAUUUGGCCCCAUAUCCUGGGGUUCUAUAACUUUUAAUUAGUUUCAUUACUAGUUUUCAAAUCCAAAGGAUGUAUCCUCUUAAAUGAAAGCUGAAAAUUUGAGCUAGGGAAAGUUGAAGAAGUUGAAUAGCUGUUGUAGGCAGGAAGAUACCAAAGGGAAUAAAUGAAGAUAAAUAAGCAAAAAGCAUUGCAACUAGUGGGCCAAUGUAUCUUUAAAAGUUUGUACUACAACCUUUGAUGAGUUCAGUAGUUACAUUUAGGUUUUUGUACUUUGAUUGCUCAUUUAUUUUUUGUUGUGAGGACUGGAUUUUAUGUACUGAUACCCUUUUUUAUAUUUAUUUUAGGUUCCUUACAAAAUAUUACAAAAUAUAUUUGUAAUAUUGUGAUUGAUCAUGCUCAGAUAUUUUUAUAAGUAAGAGGUUUUAAGGGGAUUAGUAAUCAUUAAGUAGUGCAGUUAGGAAAAUGGGUGCUUUGUUAUAUUUUAAACUUUUUUUUAAGAGAUGUUUAGAAGAUUUAGCAAAUUUGGGAUGCCUGUGAAAGUUUACCAUUUUAGGUAAGCUUAGACAUUAUAAUGCACUGAAAAUUACAAUUAUGGUAAGACUUAAUACAGAAUUUUUAAGCUUUCAUUCAAUGGAAGCAUUCCAAGUGCCAACACUAGGUAAAUUUGCGUGAACUGAGAUCUGUGUAGUGAUGUUAGUUGUUUUUGACCAUUGCUUAUAAACAGUUUGGAAUUAGUUCAAUUGCUGAGCAGUAAGAGGACCUUGAAAAAGAGCGUUGUAAAAGUACUAGAGGUAGUAUACGAAAGUACUUGGGAUUUGUAAAAUACUGCCCUUGGAGAUAUGCUUUGGAUCUAGAUUCAUUUUUUGUAAAUUGUCUACCUAUUGGUUCCUAAGAGAGUUCCAUUUAUUAAGUCCAGUUGAUUGGUUCAACAAAAGCAGUUAUUUUGAUUUUGUUAAUGCUGUUGGCAACCUCCCCUCUGAUUGCUACAGUUUUUGUGAUCCAUCAUGUUUAUAACCUGUUCGGAUGUCUUAAAUGAGGAGUUUGCUAAUGAUUUGGAAAUACUUUUAGCCUAUUUUUGCUUGCCUAGGUCAUUUGACUCUUGAUAGCAGGAAUCUUGUGAUAUUAAAUCCUGCUAUGUAUUUUGUAUUAAAAUACCUUCAUUUUAAUGUUUUAUUCCCUCUAAAGAAGCCAUUCUGUGUUUUAUUUAUUUGCAGUGUGAGAACUGUAUUUAAUCUUCAGUUAAAUGUUUUUUUCUUAAGACAUAAGAUAAUUUAAUGUGUUGUGGAAAUAGUUGGCUUGGUUGGACUUGUUUUCUAACAUGUUAGAAUAGGAUGGCAAUCAGUUAAGCUCUGGUCAUGUUAUUUUGAGAGGUAGUAUUUAUAGUUUUGUAAAUUAGUAUGUUGUUAUUCUAAGUUGGAUGCAAUAUUUUAUAGUUAUUUUUAUGUAUAUAAUUUAUUUUUGUUCAUAAGAUGGCUAGUUUUACCUUUAAUGAGAAAAGAAGGUAAUGUGCUCUAUUCUGUUAGGUGAAGUUUCAAUUUUGUCAAUAAAUUUUAAGAUUGCAAGAAUAAAAAUACUGAAUAGGGCGUGAGUUUGCAUUGAAAGAAUGAGAAAGAGCAACCUAAGCAUUUCUGGGAUCAGUUAUGACAUACAAAAUAAGUGGGAGAGGAGACAUAUUAUCAUUAAAAAGUAAGCAUUCAAAAAGGGUGGCUUCUUACAAUAUAGGAAUUGUAUCAAGAUGAAUAGUAAUAAGGACAGACUAUCUAGGUUGUAAUGAUGAAGAGACUUGGAUGGCAUAGCUAUCUAACCUAAUCUUGGUCCUUGCUAGGAAAAUAAGUGCAGUCAUGUUAAUUACCUAGAAAAUACAGAGUAAGGCAGAGUUUUCCAAGGUUUGGAAGCAAAGGACAGGAAAGUUUGGUGAAACCAGUUGACCCUCAAGUUUGUAGUUUCAGUGGUUUUGCUUGCAGGUUGUAUACAAUAUGAAGAGUAUAGGGAGCAUACAAUCUUGAGAUUAAUGGCUAGUAGGAAGAAUAAAUUUAUGUAAUGUGGAGACAUACAUACAGUAAUAGAGUGACAAAUGCAACAGUAAGAGUAACUUUUGAUUUGUACUGAGUUUGGUUGCCAUCCAAGAAAGGAAAAAUUAACUCAGUACGUACUUGCAUGUGAUAGAAUUAUACUUUUUUAUGGUUUAGACUUAUGAUUAAUCUCCCUCUGUAUUGUUUUUAAUCAUAAUGUUGGAAAUAACUUUUAGGUAGGCAGAUUUUAUAUAUUCUUUGGACAGAAUUUUAGCUCAUAUUAUUACCACUUUCUAUCUGGAUUUGCUUUGUGUAUACUUUUAAUGGCCAGAAUUGGAAAAAGACUUAUUUUACAACUGAGAUAAGUAUUUAGAUAUGCAGCCAUUUCAAUAUAUGCAUAAAUUGAGGUACUGACUGGAAAGCAAGUACGUGAAAAGAGAUUAUAAGGUCCCUACAUAGUCGUGGUGAAAUUUUAUACACUUUUUUGGUAAAAUUUGAUCAAGUUGUAUUGCACAAUAUGAUCACUGUGUUAGGGAAAUGUUUUAAAAUGUGUUUGAGAAGCUAAGAAAACAUUUUACCUCCCCCAACAUUAAGAAUACAGUGUUUUAGUGACUAGAUUCUUUCUGCAACCGUUGUACAGUGAUCUGCAAAUUACCUUCUGGAAGGUAUCUUCAAGUUUUCUAGCAAAUGACAAUCCCUUGGAUGAUGUUAGAUCAGGGACUUCCUUUAAAGGUGUCUGAUUUUCAUACUUUUCUACCGUACAUAUCACUAAUUCUUCUAAAACUGGAACAAGGGCGGGCAGAUAAGUCUGAUUGUCGGGCAAAAAAAAUUCUGACAUGAAACAUUGGUAGCUUUAUCUUUAUGAUAAAUAUGGCCUUCUUAGGCAGUGUUCAUUAGUGUGAUGUAGUGGGUAAAUGCAACUGAAAGGGAUUUAAAAAAAAAUGUCCAAUGUGUCUGUGCACAAGCUAUUGUGCAAAAAAUAUGUAUACAGACAGAAGACAAUGAUAUUUGGUAGGGUAUAGCUUCUUUUCAUACGAGGGAAACUAGAAAUCAUUUCAGUCAGUACAGUAGUUAUUUAAAAAUGCAAGAUAUAAUUGUUAUGAAGACCUUUUGAAAAGGCAAAAUAACAAAGAGGUGUAAGUGAUAUACUGCUUCAGGAGAAUUUAUGUAGAACAGCUCUUGGUUUUGAUUGGUGUCUGCAGAAUUACUGUGUAGGCUGUGGGGUUAGUGUUGGUGCCAAGGGAAGUUAGCAUUUUAGUGCCAAUACUUUACUGCUCAUGAAUUAGCACUAAGAAAAGAUAGAAAGAAAUAGAAGUUGUGUGUGAAUUCCUGGAAAGUUACCUUUAUUGUUUCCUUGAUAUGUUUAAAUAACUAAGUUAGUUAUCCAUAUAUUUUUAAUACAUUUUGAAUAUCUGAGGUAAAAUGCAGAUACUAUGCCACCAUUUUUAAGGGGGAUUGAAGUAAAUGCACAGAAAUUUCAGUAAAUUUAAUUUGUAUACAAUUUUCAGCUUUUGUUUUCUAGUUUGAAGUUACUAGGUCGAAAAGGAAACAGUUAUGGGAUUUUGAAAGACUGAAUUGCCCUUUACAAAGCCUUUGUAUCCCCAGGUGGUGAAACCAUGAUUGUAGUUGUAACGUAUCUCAUGAUUUAAAGGAAGAGGACUUACCAUCAUUUAUGCAUUUGUUUGCCUCUCAUGUGAUAGACUUUCUCAUACUUAGUACAUGAAACUUCUUUUCCUUCAUAUAUGAAUGAGUAGAUAUUUAGGAAGGUAUUUGUGUGCAUCAAGUAUUGGAAAGUGUGAUCAGUACAUCUCUAGUCCUUUUCUGUAUGACUAGUCUUAUGUAUACCAAGAUGCAGAGUUUUCUGUACAAACCCAUUAUGUGUAUCAUUGCCUCAUUCAUUAGCCUUCAUGAAUCUUGGACACCCAAUUCUUGAUUAAAAUUUAGAAGGUUUUUUGCUGGAUGGUGGUUAGCAUGUUGCAUGCAUGCCCUUUGACCAAUAGUUCCUUUUAGGUAAGAACCUCAUUUCUCAUGUCUGCCUUGUUGUCAUCAAAUCUCUCAGACUUGCAGCUGAUUUUAGCUUUAAUUUAUAUGUCCCCAUUAUUUCAAAUUAAUUUUUGCAACCUUAUUUUCUUUUCUGCUAUGUGCUUUAGCUUUUGCACAUAUUUGAAGUCAAUUUUAUUAAUAGUAAAUGAUUUCAGAUGUUUUCUGUUUCAUUACACAUUUUUGGCAAUCGGUAUUACCCCACUGAGGGAUGUUUCACCCCCUUCUUACUCUUCCUAGUUGGGCAUCUGACUAAGGAUUAAUUCAGUGAUUUCUGGCCAGCACAACUGUCAUGACACCAUUUUGCAUCCAGAGCUCUGAGACUUCCUUGUCUUUGGUCAUCACCUCUACUAGCAGUGUAGUAAAAGAUACAAAUGGAGGAUUCUCUCCUCUAGGAGAAAUUCACACUUUGGAUUGAUGGUCAGGCUGUUACCCUUGGCAAUUUCUUGCCCAGACAGUUAUUCUGUCAUUCUCAGGGAUAGCAGCAACCCAACAGCUUGUAAAUUGAUCAACCUAGUGUCACAAUCUUUGAGACGAGCCCUGCUUAAAGGAGAGCUGCAGUUCUUCAUCUGCAGUGGAUGCCCUUUCAGAUGUUCAACCUUCCCUCUUUGCAGAAUGGUCAAUGGUUUGGACAGAUCAGUGACUUUUCUUCAUCAAACUGUGCCCUUCCCAGGUCUUCAGCCCUCUCUCUUUGUAGAGGUGGUCAGUGGCUUGGAUAGGAAGCCAGUGAGUAGUCUGUAGCAUCCCCUUGAAAGAAGGUCAGUGGUUUGGACAAAAGGCCAGUGAUUAGUCUACAGCAUUCCCUUGCCUCAGAGAAGGUCAUUGGUUUGGAUAGGAAGCCAGUGACUAGUCUUCAGCCUUCCCUCUUCACAGUUGGUUGAUGGGCAGAUAGGAGGUUGCCCAGAAGACAUCUCUUCAGGAAUUGGAGCAAGCAAUUUUCUGGCUUCCCUCCAGGGGUAUCUAGCAUUAAGGAUGAAACAGUAUACUGUGUCUCAUGCCCAAGGCAACCUGCAGGAUAAAGAUGGCUGUGACUGAUCAAACCUUUGGUUAGGACAGCAAAGUUUUCAAUGGGCAGUAUCAAGUAGUUCAACAUUCCUACACUUUUUGAUGCCCUAUCCUUCAGUAGCCAUAGAAUUGUCAGGCUUCAUGAUUGCCUCGGUGAGUUUGGCAGGAGGAGCCUUGUACCAAGGGCACCUGGUACUAAUUUAACCCAUACUUAGCCUUUUGGAGUGAUACUUUAGUUUGGCUAUGCUCUUUUGUCUCUGGAUUUGGCCAUCAUAGCCAAUCCUCAUGAUCUGUAAAUGAAGCUUUUUCUUUUUCCUUUUGCAACAUGCAGAGAGUUUCUACUUCUACAACCAUAACUAAUUUCCCUUCAGAGCAUUGUGUAUUUUACUAGUCUCGAAUGCAUGAGUUCACAGUUGAAUCCAUCCUAGAUCUGCUGCCUAGGAAUUUAUUUUCAUCUGUUUGAGCCAUCCUCCUCAGUGGAAGUUCAGCCAGUGAUACAGUACAGAUAGUGGGUUUGCACAGCAAGCAAAAGUGAUUUCUUUAAAAACAAAAUUAAUUUUUUUUUAUUGCAAACCCAUCAUUUAUAUAUGAUGCUUGAGUCCUAACUCCACUAAUUUCUCGCAGUCUUACCCAGAUUACACAGGAGUUUAGGUUCUUGCCUACGUGGAACCAUAGGUCUGAAGGUGCACAUAUGACCUAUUGUCAUCCACCCAGCAGAUGACCCUCUUCUAAUUGUCAGUUAGGAAUGGAAAGUGUAGGAUUUGUGAAGACUCAUUAAUGAAGCAGUGAUACAAAUGAUAGCAUGUACACAAAAAUUAAUUUUGCUUUAAAAGGAAUUUUCUUGAAAAUUAGUUCAUUGUGUUUAUAUCUGUUAUGGAAUGUGUUCAUCAUUUUAUUUGGAGUGAUGCACACCAAAUUACGUACUUUAUUGCGUCAUCUGCACGUGGAAGAUUUUGCUAGAAUUUUGUGCUGUACUUUUAAUUCUAUAGUUUAAGGUACGAGAAUUUUGUUCCUGUUAUUGUGAAAUAUUCUUAUACAGUAGUUAUUGUAUUAUGUUGUUUGUUAUAUUAUGGUAUAUAUUGCUUCCUUGUAUUUCAUAUUAAUGUUGUCUUUAAUGUAGCUCUUUUGGUCUAUAUAAUCAUUUCACUGAGAAAAUGUAUUAAGGCUAUUAUUUACCAUUCCAAGUGUUAUUCUGUCAAUCAAUUAUAUGAAAUUUUCAAUAUUUUUGUAAAGAGAAAAUAAUAUAAUCAAGUUAACUUGUAAAUAGUA